AGUAAUACUACUGCUGUGAUUCCCAGAAGAAAAACUAACUUGGUAAAAACACUACUUUGCAGCAAACUCAGAAGCAGAUGGACCUGCCUUUUGUGGUCUGAAAGCCCCCAGAGGCCAGAGGCUCUUUUUAAAAUAAAUGGUGCCUCAGCCAGACCACCCUAGAAUUUAGACCAUGAGGCUGGAAUAAGCUCGAGAAUCCUGGCAGGUGGGCUGCCUCACUGCCUUGCUGCCUCUGGGAUGGUAGCAGAGUGGGAGCUGGGAGCCAGCUGUGUUCCGGAUUGCCUUAGUUUGCAGAACUGAUACUAAGGACUAGGGACUAGGCCUGAGCAGCACAACCUUCUCCCAAUGCCUCUGGCCCCUUCUAGAGGCCAAGAGCAGAGUGAUCACCACCAACAGCCCUGAGGUCCAGCCUCUCUUCUGUGUGCCAUAGAACAUCGGCCACCUGACUGGUCUGAUAAGGGGGAUGGCCCUAGUCCCUACUGGCUGUCUUACGCAGGUAAAGGACUCUCGUGGCUCCCAGAGCAAUGGUAAUGCCCCAGCAGCUUCUCCCGCCCUGAAGGCAGGGGCGCUUGCAGCACUGGCAGCAGGACCCAGAGUGGAGGGUUGUGAGGUGCGCCCCUCUGGGUCUCGCAAGCAAGCGGCCGGACUCCAAGCUGCGGCCGUCACUGCUUCUACAAUCAGUACAUGUCCCUCGCUGACGUCAGUCGGAGCUGUCCUGGGGCUAUAAAAGGCUGGCGGCGGUCCCGGGACAGACCCCGUGUUCCUCAAGGCGCCCUCAGCCCGCCCGACGGCCAGAGACUGGAGCCCGUCCUGCAGCGUGUGGACACUCUCCAGCAACCUGUGAGUGGCUCAGAGCAUCCAGCCUGACUCCUUAAGCACCAGGACGGAGCUCAGCUCACCCACCACGACUCGCGUCAAGGGAGAGAGGGAGGACAGGGUGGCACCGGGCUGGGGCAGCGGCUGGGACUGGAGGGAAGGCUGUGGGCAUCAGGCGGCAGCCGCAGGGGCCCGGCCGCGGGGCUGGAUGCGCGUGGGAAGGGGAGUGGCGCCACUUGCGACUGCCCGGGACGCACCUCACCGCGCGCUCCCCCUGUCUGUCCAGGGCCGGCGGCACCAUGAAGCAGAGGGGACGCGCGGCGCUGCUGAUGGCGCUGCUGCUCCUGGCACAGCUGCGCCCGGGGAGCAGCCAAUGGAGCCGGGAGGCGGCGGCGGCCGGGGUCCGGGACCCAAGACUGCGCUGGAGCCCCGGGGCGCGGAACCAGGACGGCGGCGCCCGCGCGCUGCUCUUGCUGCUGGCCGAACGCUAUCCGCGCCGCGCGGGGCCGGGCCGGUGGGGAUCCCGGACCGCGGGCGAGCGGCCCAGGCGGGACGACCCUCCGCUGUCCAUUGAUCUCACUUUCCACCUGCUGCGGACCCUGCUGGAGCUGGCGCGGACGCAGAGCCAGCGGGAGCGCGCCGAGCAGAACCGCAUCAUAUUCGAGUCGGUGGGCAAGUGAUCGGCGGCGUCUGCAGCCGCGAUAACCUCGACCCCCGUCCCCUCUCCCCGGGCCCGGACGUGCGCGACUGGAACUGACCCAGUCCCGCCAGGCUAGAGCGGCCCAGGGAUGCCCUGAGCACUCUGUGCGUCACCAGUUUUUAAUAAAAGUGCUGAAGAGCCUUUGGCCUUGGUUGUGGGG